AUGGCGGGCAGUGGCAAUGAAAGUGACGAGACUGCUGGCGUUGGCUUCGCACCUAUCGUUCCGAAUCACAAGCGCCACAGCUCAGGCCUGCGGCGGUCCACUUCCUUGAGCCGUCAGCUCACCCGGCAGUCCACCAAGGAGACUCGCCGCGAUCCGAAUCUUGACCCCGAUUCGCUCCCUUACCGUACCCUCUCGCAAGAUGCCAACUUCGAAGAGUACACGACAGAACACCAGUCUGGUGAGAUCAAGGGCCCGGUCGUGCGGGAGCCAUCGGGCAAAGAGACGCAAUACAAGCUGGUUACCUUCACACCAGGUGACCCGGAGAACCCCAAGAACUGGAGCAAAGCCUACAAAUGGUAUUGUACCAUGGUAGUGGCUAUCACUUGUUUCGUAGUGGCUUUUGCCUCUUCUGUUGUGACAGCCGACCUGGUCGGCGUCCGGGAGACAUUCAACGUCAGCGAGGAGGUCGCUCUUCUCACCAUCACCCUCUUCGUCAUUGGCUUUGGUGUCGGCCCCGUCAUCUUCGCGCCGCUGUCGGAAAUUUACGGCCGUCGGAUCAUCUACGGGUCCACACUCCUCAUCGCCGUGGUGUUCAUCAUCCCCUGUGCCGUGGCCAAGAACAUUGGCACCCUGCUCGUCUGCCGCGCCAUCGAUGGCAUCGCCUUCUCCGCGCCCAUGACGCUCGUGGGCGGUACCCUGGCCGACCUGUGGAGGAAUGAGGAGCGUGGGGUCCCCAUGGCCGCCUUCUCCGCCGCCCCCUUCAUCGGCCCUGCAAUCGGACCUCUUAUCGGUGGUUACCUGUCUGAUGCCACCGGUUGGAGGUGGCUUUACUGGAUCCAGCUCAUCUUUGCCUUUGUUGUGUGGGUUCUGAUCACUUUUACUGUGCCUGAGACGUAUGCCCCGACCAUCCUUGCCCGUCGGGCCAAGAAGAUGCGCAAGGAGACAGGCAGCAUCGAGCACGUCACCGAGCAGGAUCUUGACAAGAGGCCUUUGUCAGAGAGACUAACUAUCUUCCUGAUUCGGCCUCUACAGCUGCUCUUUGGAGAGUUGAUUGUGUUCCUCAUCUCCUUGUACAUGUCCGUCCUGUAUGGAUUGCUGUACAUGUUCUUCGUGGCCUUCCCCAUCAUCUACCAGGAAGGUAAAGGAUGGAGUGCGGGCAGCACAGGUCUCAUGUUUAUUCCACUGGCCCUCGGUGUCAUCGCUUCAGCCAUCGCCUCUCCGCUUGUGAACAAACACUAUUUGAAAGUAUCUAAACGUUUCAACGGCAACCCUCCCGCCGAAUACCGACUCAUCCCGAUGAUGUGCUCUUGCUGGUUCAUCCCCUUGGGUCUGAUCAUCUUCUCCUGGACGACUUACCCACGCCUACACUGGUUCGGCCCGGCUUUUGGUGGCUUCUGGGUUGGAUUCGGGUUCAUUUUCCUGUACAACGCCGCCAACAACUACCUCGUCGACUCAUACCAACACCAGGCCGCAUCGGCCCUCGCAGCCAAGACCUUCAUCCGGAGUUUCUGGGGUGCCGCUGUAGUCCUUUUCACGGAGCAGAUGUACGCCACCUGCGGCUACCAGUGGGCAUCGAUGAUUCUCUUCUUUAUGGCUCUUGGCUGUUGCGGUAUCCCGUUCCUGUUCUGGAAGUAUGGCGCCAGGAUCCGCGCCAGGAGCAAGUAUGCAUAUGCCGGUGACGACGACAACACAGCCACGGGGACCAGCGACGAGGAGAACCAGGUUGAGAAGAGUGCUGGUGUCGAGGCUGGUGCGACGCUUGGAGCUGCUCAAAACAGUGCGCCGCCACCUCUGGCCACUGGCCCUGCGCCAUAA